GGGGACCCCGCCGGCCCUAGCAUCGCGCGCCGCAGCCGCGGCCCCGCAGCUCCGCCCCCGGCUUGGCCCGGCCCGGCCCCGGGCCCGCUGACCCGCCGCCCCGCAUGGAGCUGUCAGCCAUCGGCGAGCAGGUGUUCGCCGUGGAGAGCAUCCGGAAGAAGCGCGUGCGGAAGGGUAAAGUCGAAUAUCUGGUGAAGUGGAAAGGAUGGCCCCCAAAGUACAGCACGUGGGAGCCAGAAGAGCACAUCCUGGACCCCCGCCUGGUCAUGGCCUAUGAAGAGAAGGAGGAGAGAGACCGAGCGUCGGGGUAUAGGAAGAGAGGCCCGAAACCCAAGCGGCUUCUGCUGCAGCGGCUGUACAGCAUGGACCUGCGGAGCUCCCACGAGGCCAAGGGCAAGGAGAAGCUCUGCUUCUCUCUGACACGCCCACUCGGCAGCGGGAGCCCCGAGGGGGUGGUCAAGGCAGGGACGCCCGAGCUGGUGGACAAGGGCCCCUUGGUGCCCACCCUGCCCUUCCCGCUCCGCAAGCCGCGCAAGGCCCACAAGUACCUGCGGCUCUCACGCAAGAAGUUCCCGCCCCGCGGGCCCAACCUGGAGAGUCACAGCCAUCGACGGGAGCUCUUCCUGCAGGAGUCACCAGCUCAGGAUGUUCUGCAGGCGGCCAGCGAGUGGGAGCCUGCUGAGCAGCCCCCCGAAGAAGAGGUUGUAGCAGAUGCAGACCUGGCCGAGGGGCCCCCUCCCUGGACACCUGCGCUCCCCACAAGUGAAGUGACAGUGACCGAUAUCACCGCCAACUCCAUCACCGUCACCUUCCGUGAGGCCCAGGCUGCUGAGGGCUUCUUCCGAGACCGCAGUGGGAAGUUCUGAGUCACCAUUUUUACUUUUCUUACACUGUUUUCUUUUGGGCUUGGGGUGGGGACUUCCAGAGGUGGGGAGGGGUUGGGAGCGGGAUAAUUAUUUUAUUUAAAAAAUAUGGAACAGGAAUGGGGGGAAGAUCCCAACAGUCUCCCGCCACCCUGCCCCUUUUUCUGGAGUGAUGUUUACAGAAAGGCCUCAGGGUCUGUUUUGGGGCUGGGGGUGGGGAGGCCUGGCACUGCUCUGUCAGUUGGGGUACCAUCUCCAGGUCAGGAUGGGGACAGAGCCUCUCCUCUGGGACACCUCCGUCACCAUUCUUCUCUAGAGACACAGCAGCUGGUCCUAGGAAAUACAGGAGGCUGGGAAGGCCCAAACCCUGCCCCAGCCUUUCUGGUUGAUUUUUCCUUUUCCUUUUUUGUGGGGAAUGGUCUUUAUUUUUAACUUUGCACUCCAGCUUUCGGUGGGAUUGGAGGCUGCCUUUGAUCAGGAGUGAGGGUCAGAGAGAAGGGGCAGGAGGAAGUUGGAGAUAGGGUGGUGUGUCCUGGUGUCAGAUAGCCUUCAGAACGGUCUCUGCCUUUCCCUGGUUGGGGGGAGGGGGAGCAGCUGACAGCAGAGCCCCUUCUGCUGAGAGGUCCACCUCAUGCCCCAUUACAGGCCUGUGAGAAGCACUCGCGUGCACACUCAGCCACACAAGUGUGCACAUGCACACUGCCCCUCCCGCCCUCGUGAGUGUGUGUUCGUGCCUGCAGACAUGUGCAGUGGGCCUUGCAAACCUCCUGUUUAGAGACCUUGAUCAGGUGAAUGUGGGGUGAUUCACAGUACAGAAGAACUUGCCACGGGCACCCCACAUGCACCCCAUCUUGCACGGCCCAUGACGUGACAGAAUCUAGCCCAACACCGGUUGCUGGAAGCUGUCGGCAGGAGUCUUGCCGUGGGCAAGAUGGCCUCCAAUGCUCCACGCACACAAAUGUGGCUUUGCGGCUUCGCCUGGCCAGCCGCAGGUGUGCAAGCGUCUGUGCAGAUGUGCCGGGCUCUGAGGCACUUGGGCCCUGUGCUUCCUCCCUGAGGGGCUCUUGUUCUCUGACUCAGGUGACUUUUCAGCCCUUCCCACUCCCCUCUUUUUCUGCCUUCCCCUCCAGCUCAGCCAUGUUGGGUAUCGGUGUGGGUGGUCAGGGAGGGAGGGGUGUCCCACCUUCUCAGGGCAGCCUUGACUCCUGACACACUUCCUCAUGUCCUGUGUCUCCUCCCCACCCACCCUAGACGCUGCAGCUGGGGCUGGCCUUGUUGUCCUGUGGGGGCCCUCUGCCAUGUCUUCCUGUGGUCAGGCUGCAGUAGGUGGGGGGUCAGGCUGUCCACAAGCCCUGCCCCAUGCACCCGGCAAAGGGCUGUGUCUGCCAGGAGGAAGGGGCACUCAUUUUCUAGUUUGCACAAACUUGCCCUGUGGACUAGUAGCUCCCCCAGCAAUGAGGAAGGACUCUUCCCCUAUCCCAGCUCUGUAAGGGAGAAAAAGCCACAUUGUGGGGUGUACCAGGGGAGCACGUAUAAAAGGCUGGCUCCCUCUACCCUUUGCCAUUGCUGCCCACCCUCCCCCAGGGCUGUCCCCCCACUCCGUGUGUCCUAAGGAAGUCAGCAGAAUCCCUGCCCAGGCAAGGAUAGGCCAUUCUUCUCCCAGACCCCUUCUCCUUGAGUUCCCAAACCAAAGACAGCCUGCAUCCCCCUUUCUGUUUUGGGUGCCCUGCUGGCAAGAUUCCCCAAUUCCUGGUCUCUUUCUCCUUCCUCCUCCAUCCUUCGCUGUCCAGGGUCAAUUCAGUGCUUCCAUUGGGGGACGGGAUCCCCUCCUGGGCGACUUCACUCACCCCUAGCCUGGGGAGUUGAGUGGGAGUAGCGGGAGUAGGUCAGGGGAAGGAGGCCUGCUGCAGGAAGCCCCGCCCGCCCGCCUGUGGGACCCGGGAGGGAAGCGCAGCUGGAGCUGGGGACCCUCCCAGGACCCGGCUCCCAGCAGAGGUGAGGGCGCUGGAGGGUGGGUGGGCGGGGGGCCUCUCUCAAACUGAACGCUGUUGGCUCCUGGCUUUGGGACUUGGCUGGCAGCUUCCAGUAGAAGUCAAACUCCCUGUUCCCCUGGGGUCACGGAAAACGCUUCCUGCCUCAUGGGCACUUUCACGUGCAAUUUGCCGGAUUGGGGUUUGGAGGGCUGUUCGGUGGAAUGAGGCAGCUGUUUCUCUGUCGGCAGCAACAGAACACUUCUCGCCUCGUCCUCAGCCCUUUACAGCUCACCAGCCAGGCCUGUGUCUCAGGGAGGGCUGAACCCAGCAGGAGCGGCUCCCUGGGGGCAGGGCUGUGGCUCUUAGGCCCCUUCCUGCACCGACCAGGACAGACACCUCUAGGAGGGGUUCCGUGUGGCUUGCAGGCCUCCUCCCAGCCCUGAGUGUCCCCGCUGGGCUGCCUGGCCUGAGAGGGGGCACGGCGAACGCUGACCUCCUACCCCACGCCCCCACCACCCGGAAGGCCAGUACACUCGUGGGGCGGGGCUUAGAAACGUCGGACUGCCUGCCUCUCCUCUCCCCAGCCCCCACCCGUUCGAAUGUAGACCCCAGUCGGUACUUUUCUUUUGCUGUGGGAUCGGACAGAGAAUGUUCUCCACCCCUGGCAAGGCCACUCAGUGCAGCAGCGGAGCCUGCGGGCAGAGCAGGAUCGUUGCCCCCUGGGUCCCAUUGCCAACUCCCUCCUCCUCCCCUGCCGGAGGGAGGCGCUAUGCUUCUGUAAGGUGGUGUAGCUUUUGCUUUAUAAGUGGCCAGCCUGGCCUCCAGGUCUCAGCACAAGGACGCUUCCUUUGCACAGAAUGAGCGGUGAGCUUUGUUCAGACGAAAUGAAUGUAUUUGGGAGGGGUUGGGCACGAGUUGACCCCCUGCACAUGCCUUUUCUGAGUGGGGGUGUGCUGGGGAGAGCCAGAGUGGAUGCAGAGCUCGGUUUUAUUUUUGUACUGAUAUUGGUAAGAGACUGUAUAGCAUCUAUUUAUUUAGAUGAUUUAUCUGGUAAAUGAGGCAAAAAAUUAUUAAAAAUACAUUAAAGAUGAUUUUAAAAAAAGCUCUUGGGCAUCCCAUUCCUCCUUUUGAUGGCGUCACACAGGUCUGCUGAGGAAGGAGUUCCAGCCCGCAGGGCUCAGCCUGGGGUUUAAUCCCAGGUCUGCCGGGUACUGACCAUGACCUUCGGCAGGUCAGUCAGUUUUUUGUGUCCUCCAGGUGUCGAGUAAGAUUACCUCGGUGAUGGGUGGGAAGUGGUUGAAACCAGAGUAUAGAUGGAUGCGUGCCCACGUGGUGGCCAGGGUUCAGGGGAGAGGAGGAGGGGACGUGUGCCAAGGGUGUGCUUCUGCCCCCUUUUAGUUCCUGCAUGGUCAGGGCCCUCAGGCCAGCAGCUCCUAGAUAACUGCCUUUAGAAAGUGGGGGACUUUAGCAUGCCUUGUCCUCAGCUGUGAGCCUUGACUCUAAUUCUGGGUCCCCAAAAAAAGCCCCAUCGGCACCCUGGUACAAAUGUCCAUCCUGACGCUCGGGCACUAUUAUUGCACCUUCUUUUAUGGGUGGGGACAAAUACUUAGGCUAUGGUUAGCUAUUCAAGUCUGCACAGCUAGCACGUAGUGAGCCAGGAAUUUGAACCCGUGACUCACUAUAGUAGCCCCCUUUGUCCACAGUUUCAUUUCCCAUGGUUUUAGUUACCCGCAGAUGAUGACAGUCCAAAAAUAUUAAAUGGAAACUUCCAGAAAUAAACAAUUCAUACGUUUUGUGCGCCUUUCUGAGUAGCGUGGUGAAAUCUUGUGCCUUCCCUCCCCAAACUGCCCAGGAUGUGAAGCGUCCCUUUGUCUAAUGUCUCCACCCUGUAUAAGCGACCCCCCUCUGCCCCCACUGAUAGUCACUUAGUAGCUGUCUCCGUUAGUGUCCAGAGGCCGCCACGGGGUGUGGCCCCAGCAAGCCCUCAGCAAAGCAGGUGUUAAUGGACAUCACUCCCUUUUCACCAAGAAUGAGAGAAGGAAUAAGCCAGAAGUCCUAAUUUGUUCUUAACUAUUGACUUCAAAGUAUCACCUCAGCCCUCGCUGAGCUGUGCCACCCCCAUUCCUUCCUUCUGCUGCUCCUUCCCUCCCCUGGCUGCCCCCACCCCUCCAUCUCCCACAGCUUCCCAGCUCACAACACACUCAGAGCCACACUCAGCCACACUCGCCUCCAUGCUGCUCCGCAAACACAGGUCCUCACCCCAGGGCCUUUGCACUCACUGUGCUUUACCCGGAUGAUCUCUCAAAUACCCGCUGGGCAGGCUGUGCUUUCUCUGAAGGCUCUAGGGGGAAUCUUUUCC